CGUUCGCCCGCUCCGCCCUGAAAAAAAUCGUACGGCUACAAGGCGGAGCACCCUGGUGGGCGGGGCCGCGCACGCGCCGCACAGGAGUUCCAGAAGCGUAUCUGAGACAUGAGAUGGAGAAGUACGAGCGGAUUCGAGUGGUGGGAAGAGGUGCCUUCGGGAUUGUGCACCUGUGCCUCCGCAAGGCUGACCAGAAGCUGGUGAUCAUCAAGCAGAUCCCAGUGGAACAGAUGACCAAGGAAGAACGGCAGGCGGCACAGAACGAGUGCCAGGUGCUGAAGCUGCUCAACCACCCCAACGUCAUUGAGUACUACGAGAACUUCCUGGAGGACAAGGCCCUCAUGAUCGCCAUGGAGUAUGCACCAGGUGGCACCCUGGCUGAGUUCAUCCAGAAGCGCUGCAACUCCCUGCUCGAGGAGGAGACCAUCCUUCACUUCUUCGUGCAGAUCCUGCUCGCCCUGCACCACGUGCACACGCACCUCAUCCUGCAUCGGGACCUCAAGACCCAGAACAUCCUUCUCGACAAACACCGCAUGGUCGUCAAGAUCGGUGACUUUGGCAUCUCUAAGAUCCUCAGCAGCAAGAGCAAGGCCUACACGGUGGUGGGUACCCCAUGCUACAUCUCCCCCGAGCUGUGUGAGGGCAAGCCCUACAACCAGAAGAGUGACAUCUGGGCCCUGGGCUGUGUCUUGUAUGAGCUGGCGAGCCUUAAGAGAGCCUUCGAGGCUGCGAACCUGCCAGCCCUGGUGCUGAAGAUCAUGAGUGGCACCUUUGCGCCCAUCUCUGACCGGUACAGCCCUGAGCUGCGCCAGCUCGUCCUGAGUCUGCUCAGCCUGGAGCCUGCACAGCGGCCACCCCUCAGUCACAUCAUGGCGCAACCUCUCUGCAUCCGGGCCCUCCUCAACCUCCACACCGAUGUGGGCAGCGUCCGCAUGCGGAGGGCAGAGAAGUCCCUGACCCCAGGACCACCCAUGACCCCUGGCAGUACAGGGAGCAGGGCCACCAGUGCCCGAUGCAGGGGUGUUCCCCGGGGACUUAUGAGACCGGCCAUCCCACCGCCACUGUCUUCGGUGUAUGCGUGGGGUGGUGGCCUUAGCGUUCCCCUGAGGCUCCCGAUGCUCAACACUGAGGUGGUCCAGGUGUCCGCAGGACGCACGCAGAAGGCUGGUGUUACACGCUCUGGGCGCCUCAUCCUGUGGGAGGCCCCGCCCCUAGGCACUGGAGGAGGCAUGCUCCUCCCAGGGGCAGUGGAGCAGCCUCAACCCCAGUUCGUCUCGCGUUUUCUGGAGGGCCAGUCGGGUGUGACCAUCAAGCACGUGGCCUGCGGGGACCUGUUCACGGCUUGCCUGACUGACCGAGGCAUCAUCAUGACCUUUGGCAGCGGCAGCAAUGGAUGUUUAGGCCAUGGCAACCUCACUGACAUCAGCCAGCCCACCAUUGUGGAAGCCCUGCUGGGCUAUGAGAUGAUACAGGUGGCCUGUGGGGCCUCUCAUGUGCUGGCCCUGUCCACUGAUGGAGAACUAUUUGCCUGGGGCCGAGGAGAUGGUGGGAGGCUGGGACUAGGCACCAGGGAGUCCCAUAGCUGCCCCCAGCAGGUGCCUGUGCCCCUAGGACAGGAAGCUCAGAGAGUUGUUUGUGGUAUUGACUCUUCCAUGAUCCUCACCUUACCUGGCACGGUCUUGGCCUGUGGAAGUAACAGGUUCAACAAGCUAGGCUUGGACCACCUAUCCCUGGAGGAGGAGCCUCUUCCCCACCAGCAGGUGGAGGAGGCCCUGAGCUUCACACCCCUGGGCUCUGCACCUCUGGACCGGGAGCCCCUACUGUGCGUGGACCUGGGCACUGCUCAUUCGGCCGCGGUGACUGUCUCCGGUGACUGCUAUACUUUUGGCAGCAAUCAGCAUGGGCAAUUGGGCACCAGUUCUCGCCACAUCAGCAGGGCGCCCUGUAGGGUCCAAGGCCUAGAGGGCAUCAAGAUGGUGAUGGUGGCCUGUGGGGAUGCCUUCACUGUAGCCAUUGGGGCAGAGGGGGAAGUGUAUUCUUGGGGCAAAGGAGCCCGCGGUCGACUGGGAAGGAGGGAUGAGGAUGCUGGACUCCCUAAGCCAGUGCAGCUGGAUGAGACUCAUCCUUAUGUCGUGACUUCAGUGUCCUGCUGCCAUGGGAACACUCUCCUGGCUGUUAGAUCGGUCACGGAGGAGCCCGUUCCCCCCUGAGGCAACAGGAUUAUCGAGAGACCACCUCUUGAGUGUGUUCUGAAAAAUGCAGGUGUCUGAGGAGACUGUUUGCUGUGGCCUGGAUGGUAUCACCAGUGAGGUGGAAAGGCCACCGAAGGCCACCUUGCUGCGCCAAGCCUCUUCCCCCAAACUCCUUAUCUUUUAUGCAGUGUCUCCAGGCUGGCAGGAAUUAACAGCAGGACAGUCUUCAAAGACUUUGCUAAAAAAAUCUCUCUCUCUCUCUCUCUCUCUCUCUCUCUCUCUCUCUCUCUCUCUCUCACACACACACACACACACACACACACACACACACACACACAAGCCUGGUUAGGAAGAAGUUUCUGGCGGUGUCCUGAUGCCAUGCUUUGGACUAGGGCAAGCUAGGGCCUGUUUGGACUGGCCGUUAGGCUACCUAAUCUCUGCCUAGCUUGAGGUCGGAGGGGGUCCCCUUUUCUCUUUCCUGGGGCAAAGGUUUGCUCAAUUUCUGAGAGCCCCCCCCCCCCAGAAGGGAAUGCUGGAGCUGUUGAGUGGUUGCCAAGGGGAUCCUGCUGAAGGUUGUCCCUCACCCCAGGCCAUUUCCCAGACCUAGACUGGGGAAAAGGUAGCAGGGCCAGACCCGACCAGUUUCUUAAAGGUUUGAAAAUAGCGCCAAUAAAAAUAUCAAAUGCCUGCUUGGCAUAUGGUCUUUUCUGGGGUGGAGGUGGCCUCCAGACACCCCAAUACUGGGCUGGGCCCGACUGUGGUUGUAGGGCAGCGGCCAGGAGGAAUGUGGGCGCAGUCAGAGGCUGGAGGCGGGGGCCAAGGUUCCGCUGGCCUAGCGCCCAGCCCAGUUUCCUUGCUCCAGCCGGGUUUUCUCGGAUCCUGUUGCCAGGCUUCGCUGCCUAGCACCUGAAGCUAGAGCCACGGUCCCUGGGCUGUGCGUGGUGCAGGAGACCUUAAGGUGGCCUCUAGAGUCAAGUGCUAUGGUGCGACGCGACAGGCACCAUCACAGCGCAAGGGGCCUCCACUUCUGGAAGAAUCUCAGCCACGCUCUCAGUUCCAACGGGAAAGAGAAGCUCCAGCUUCCGGGGGUGGGCGAGGCUGAUUUAACUUUCGAAGCCUGGCAGAGUCCUGAGAGCGACCGCAUUCCGUGGGGUUGUGGAGUGGGCGGGGCGCGAGGGCGGGCUCUAGGACCGUGGGGACUCGGCUCCGCCCCCUCUUCCGGCGGGCGGGGUUGCGGACCCGGGCCGCUCGCGGCCGCCAG